UUUCUCGCGAACUGUAGAGGUUUUUAUACCUCUUUCUGUCUAAAAUCCCCGCCUCCAUUCAUUUCUAGGGUUUCUUCCAUUGGAGGCCAUCGAACAUUCCCAAUGGCGAGAAUCAAGGUCCACGAGCUAAGGGGGAAGUCAAAGGCCGACCUUUUGAACCAACUGAAGGAUCUCAAGGCGGAGCUCGCCCUCCUCCGCGUCGCUAAAGUCACCGGCGGUGCCCCCAACAAGCUCUCGAAGAUAAAAGUGGUUAGGCUCGGGAUUGCGCAGGUGCUGACGGUGAUCUCGCAGAAGCAGAAGGCGGCGCUGAGGGAAGCGUACAAAAAGAAGAAGUUUUUGCCUCUGGAUCUGAGGCCGAAGAAGACUAGGGCUAUUAGGCGAAAGCUUACUAAGCAUCAGGAAUCCUUGAAGACAGAGCGCGAGAAGAAGAGAGAAAUGUACUUCCCAAUGAGGAAGUACGCCAUCAAAGCAUAGAGCAGCAUAUGAUAAAUUAUGUGUUAUGUAUUUUGGGAUUUUGCUUUUAGCUUAUUUUAUGAACAGACUUUUUCAUCAACACAAUGAUGUUGGUGUUGACUUGCCAACAUUUUAUGAUUCUGGUUGCUUGUUUAAAACUUCAGUUAGCUUGUUAUC